GAUGACCACUCGUAUGCGGCAGUGUUGCUUCCGCCUUUAGCCGCUGUAUGGGAUUUGUAGUCCUAUUGGCGGUUAAAUACCUUUGUGCAGUAUUGAAGAGACAGACCAGGAGAACUACAACCAAGUCGCACUUUUGACAAGCGCGGUUAAUCGCCUAUACAUCGCCCGCCCAAGCUCUACAGAUUUGCGAAGCAACGAACUUCCCGAAUAAGACGCAGAAGUCGGUAAGGAGGUUGGACAAAACGCUAGGAAGAGUCUGUGGGAGGGAUUGAACGCAAGGAACCUGUCAUUGGUGGGCAAGCACGUACCCGAAGGCCCAUUGAUCGGUCAACGAUGACCAUGGAGCACUUCAGGAAACAAGCCAGCGCCACUUCUGUCAUGGCUCUGUACACUGUGAUGUACCCAGUCUUUGACCAGUUGGAGAAAGUUAACCUGUCAGCAGCACAGACAAUGCGUGCAGCCUUUAUAAAGGCAGAGGAGGAGAACCCUGGCUUGACUGAGGAAUUGGUGCUAAGACUACUUGAAAAAAAGGACCUGAAAAUUAAUUAUAAUGAGUGUCUACUUCGCAUGGCUGCAGCCGAUGUGAAAGAGUUCCGAAUUGAGAGGCAAGAACCAGGGUUCCAGCAGCUGAAUGACAGGGCGCAUGCUCUGAAACACAUCCUCAGUACCAUACCUGAUGAGAUCAAUGACAGAGUGGCUUUCCUAGAGACCAUCAAAGACAUUGCCAGUGCCAUAAAAGUGUUGCUCGACAUUGUUAAUACAAUCUUCAGGAGGUACCAGUAUCAAAACAGACAGGUAAGUAUAGAUAAAAUGAUACUUAAAAUGUUUUUUUCCCAGAUGCCUCCUUUGAAACAGGCAGAGCUGAAAAGGUUGUGUGUGUUAGGCACUGGAACAGCAGAAGAAAGACUUUGUGAAAUACUCCAAGAGUUUCAGCGACGCUCUCAAAACCUUCUUCAAAGAUGGAAAAGUGCUCAAUGUGUUUGUCAGCGCCAACCGGCUCACGCACCAAACCAACAUGAUACUGGACGCCUUCAAGACGGCGACAUAGACGUCUGCGAUGGAGCGGCCACAACAUAGUGGAGGAUUGGCAGGGGAUCAGGUAGUUUGACGCAAAGCAGGUUGAUGACAUGAUUUUUAGCUAACUGUUUUAUUGUUGUUGUAUUUCAUGGCUUAGCAUUUUUACCUCCUGCGAGCUUGAUAAAACAUCUCUUUUCAUGGGAUUCUAAUAAAGAACAGUGCAAAAAAGUGAUAGGCAAUUGAGUGGUUGCCAACGAAGCCAAGCACAUUUCCCUCACACCUAUGUAAGAAAGUGCUGGACACUGUUUGGCCUUGUAUUUCAUCUAUAAUUCAUAGCGCCGUGGUAACUGCCUUUGACCACAAAAACAUUUCCGAUUAAUUUCGGACACUGUGCUCCUCUCUGAGAUGACAAAUGAAUUGUCUACUUCCUGACAGAUUGUUAUUUGUAACCCACUUGUAUAAAUCUUUAUUUUAUUUUAUUGUUUCAUUCACUGUCUUAUUGUAAUCAUGCUCUCAAUACUCUGUGAUUUAAUCUCCCUCAAAAGCACUUUGGUCAAUUUAUUUUGUUCAGUAAAUAAACUGACUUGACCUUGA